AUGCGUAUCUUUAUACGACGAUUUAGCAUUUCGCUGCAUGUGCAGAGCCAGAUCUCGAGUCUUUCUCUUCGCCCUUAUCAACAGGAAUGUGUUGAUACGUGUUUAAAGUCGCUUGAGACUACUCGUCGAAUAGCAGUGAGCCUUGCUACCGGAGGAGGCAAAACUGUCAUUUUCAGUCAUUUGAUCGACCAGAUUCCACCAAAUCCAAAAACGGGACGAUCUAAAACGCUCAUAUUGGUGCAUCGCAAAGAACUGGCGGACCAGGCAAUUGCAUCUUUGCGAAAAGUGUACCCUCAAUACAAGAUAGAACUGGAUAUGGCAAAUCGCAAACCUUCACAUGCACCAGACAUUGAUGUCGUAGUUGCCUCAGUUCCAACUUUGAACAGGAGUGCUCAGCGAUUGGAGGCCCAUGAUCCCGGUGAAUACAAGGCUAUAGUGGUCGACGAAUGCCAUCACGGUGUCGCAGACUCGUACACUAAGAUUCUGAAGCAUUUUGGCUGCGACUCUGCAGAUUGUGAUAUAGCGCUACUCGGGUUUAGCGCGACAUUAUCGAGGUACGAUGAACUGCCACUUGGUCUUGCUUUUGACGAAAUUGUCUUUGACAAAAAUUUGGUGGAUCUCAUUCGAGAAGGCUAUUUAUCUGAUUUUUCGUGGAUCCAGGUUUCUGCUGGUCUCGAGCUCUCCCAGGUUUCCAUCGGCAAAGAUGGAGAUUAUAAGAUGGAAGAGCUGGCAAAUCAUGUCAACAAAGAUGAAAUCAACGCUCUUGUCUUCCAAAGUUACCAGCAUUUUGCACAAAAGUAUCAGCUGAAAUCAUCCUUGUUUUUUUGCGUUAAUGUUGCCCAUUUGGAAAGUUUGUCGCUGGUUUUCCGCUCUAAUGGUGUGAAUGCACAAUAUGUGACAGGCAAUACGUCUAAAUUUGAGCGCGAAAGACUGGUAGCGGAAUUUUCAAAUGGACAGCUGCCUGUUUUAAUGAAUUGUGGUGUGUUUACAGAAGGAACGGAUAUUCCUAGUAUUGACUCGAUAUUCAUAGUACGUCCGACGCAGUCAAAAACCCUUCUUACUCAAAUGGUUGGACGUGGGCUACGGCUUCAUGAGAGCAAACAUAGAUGCUACGUGAUUGACUUUGUGGAUGCACACAGAGUGGGCGUUCAUUCCAAUCCCACUCUAGAAGGA